CGUCUUUAACUUUAAUCGAAUUCACGAUCGAUUAUGUUCGAGUUAAUCGAAUUAUUUCAUUGGCCGUGAACAAGUGUGAUCUAGCUCCGUUUCCGAAAUAAACGCGCGUUAUGAGACUUGCAGGAGCCAUCGGAAUGCAGAUUACGAAUUUUCAUCGUGUGUAUACUCGUUGUGUGUAACCUGUGUUUCUCUGUAGUGGUAUAUCUUGUUCGGCAAUGAAAACAAAAGAAGCAAAUAGCAUCGACAUGAUUGAUAGUGAAAAAGUGGUAUUCGAGGAUGUUUCUUUUAUGUACCGUCAUGUGAACGGUUUAUGGACGUAGGUGGUACGCAUUGGCAUAAAAAAGAAAGAGAAGAAAAAAAUAGAAAGAGAGAAGAACCGGUGUGACGACUUUCGGAUCGAAUGUUUUUGUGUGGUAUAUAUAAAAAAUAAGAAAAAGAAAAAGAAAAGAAAGAAAGAAAGGAAAAGGUAGAGAAAAAACGGUCACAAAAAAGAAUUGGUUACUGUUGUAUAUGCGGCGCACGCGUAUAACAUACACAUAUGUGAUUUUCCGUAAAUUAGCCGCAUAUAUAACUAUAUGUUACAGACGAUACUUUGUAGAAACGAUAUGUAAGAAAAGUUAGGAGACUUUACUUUAAACGGUGUGUAACCAUCGUUGGUGGUGCUGUUUACGUAUAUAUUUUUCUUGUUUUAACGAGAUACGGAAGACUGAAAAAUGUUAAAUCAAGCAGUCGUCGAGGCUCUGUAUUCAGCGACUUACAUAGAAAAUUAUUUGGACUGUGUCGAAAAUCUGCCUAACGACUUGCAAAGACACGUUUCGCGUCUUCGCGAAUUGGAUGCCACUUGUCAAACAUACUUGCGAGAGGUAGACCAACAUCAGGAAGCAUUGAGAAAUGAUAUCGACUUAUCCGUAAGAAGAAGAGCACUUUUGAGGGUACAACAGGCGCUUAUCGCGGCUCAAGAAAUUGGAGAUGAGAAAUUACAAAUAGUACAGCAGGUUCAAGAUUUGAUAGAGAAUAAAUCUAGACAGCUUGAUGUAGAUUAUCAUAAUCUAGAUUUUGGUAAAGAGCAAGAAAAUUGUGAGUCGAAUCGUGAAUCAAAUUCGAAUAUUAAUUCCAAUUCUUCUACCAAUGCAAACAAUAAUGAACGUUUACCAAAACGAGCUAGAAGGACAAGAACGGAGACGUUGGUUGAAUCAGGACAUGCGAUGGAUAUGAUUGUAGUAUCCGAAACAAGAUCCAAUUCUUUAACGAAUACGAGUAAUGGUAAUCAAAAGAAGACUACGACUGCGAAUACAGGUAAAAAGAAGAAAAGGAAGUCUAGGCAAGGUAACCAACAUAAUCAACAUAGGGAAGAUACUCCACCACCAUUGGAAGAUGAUCUUGCGAUAGAUCCAGACGAGCCAACAUAUUGCCUUUGCGACCAAAUUUCAUAUGGAGAAAUGAUACUUUGUGAUAAUGAUUUAUGUCCAAUAGAGUGGUUCCACUUCUCUUGUGUCUCACUCAGUACUAAACCAAAAGGGAAAUGGUUUUGUCCAAAGUGUCGGGGAGAUCGUCCAAACGUUAUGAAACCAAAAGCACAAUUUUUGAAAGAACUUGAAAGGUACAAUAAAGAGAAAGAAGAAAAAUCGUAGCAGACAAAGUAUGGUUAAAAAAUUUAAGGAUUUAAAAAAUUUGGUGUAAAACAAUAUUGAAUGUAAUUAGAAUUCAUUUCAAUCUAUAAAUUGUAUCCAUAAAAUUUGAAGAUUUAGAAUCUAAUUAAAUCAAGUGAAUUAUAUUAAAUUAUGACACUGAUAAUGAAAAUGAUUAUUGUAUAUAAUAAUACUUUAUAGUUUGACUAAACCAGUGAUAUUGGGUUACAUCCAAAGAUUAAAGCCAGCUAAAACAGAGUCUCAUAUAUAAAAAAAAAAAAAAAAAAAAAAAAAAAAGGAAUAGUAUAUAGAGAAUAUUCGUAAUAUAACUCUAUACGUUAUUUGCAUAAAUAGUAUUACGUACUAAUAUAAUUAUUCUUAAAAAAUUAAAAAGGACAAAACGUGAAAACUCUUAGAUGUAGUUUCUUAAUAAGAAAUUCUUAGAUAACAGAAGAUAUAUUACAUAAGAACGUUUAAGAAAAUAUCUCCAUAUUAGCGAAAUAAUAAAUGUAUAAAAAUUACAACUUAUAAUUUUAAUAGCUUUUGUGACAUGGAAGGGAUGUUCUCAAUAGUUUUCUUCUAAAAUUGUAAUAUAAUUCAGAGUUUUUGUUAUUUUAACUUCUUAUGUAUCUUAAUAUUUAUCGAAAAUACGUUAUUUUUUUUCUUGUAUAUUAAUAAAUAA